AUGUAUUUGCUGCCUUCAUUAAAGAUUCUUUAUUAUGAUCUAUUUCUCUUGAAGAACCGCGAACUUCGCUCUCGUUUGGCUCGGAUUCGUACUGAGACUGAUAUUGGCCACUCUUCAGUUCUGCCUAUCACAUGCACACCAGCAACCGGUGCGGUUUCUCGUGGUCGUAGCAGCCUGGCUCUUUUGCCCACUUAUUCAGCUGCAAUGCAGACCUGCAAGGCGUGA